AGGUCGUAGAGAGUGAGCGGGAGGGAGAGGCGAGGAGAGAGUUGGGGAGAGGGAUCGACGGAGCCGAGUAGGAGGAACGCCGGAAAGAUGGCGUCUUUUUCGUGGACGGAGGAGGAUGUGCUACGGUGCUGCGGCAGCAAGCGUUUCGCCAAGGAGCUCGCCUCCGCCUCGCCCUUUUCCGACCUCCACCACGCGAUCCAGUCCGCCCGCGGGAUCUGGUUCAACAAGAUCGACGUCGCCGGAUGGCUCGAGGCCUUCGCGGCUCACCCGCCGAUCGGAUCCAUCUCUCCCUCCGUUUCGCAGUGGUCCAAGGAAGAACAAUCUGCUGCAAUGGCUACUGCCACUGAUACCACGUUGCAGGAAUUGGUGGACUGGAAUAUCCGUUACCAGGAGAAGUUUGGGUUUGUGUUCCUCAUCUGCGCCUCUGGAAGGGGCACACCGGAGAUCCUUGCUGAAUUGAAGAAACGCUACGUGAAUAGGCCCAUUGUUGAACUUGAAAUAGCAGCACAAGAGGAGAUGAAAAUAAUCGAACUGCGUCUUGCUAGGCUUGUAAAAUCUGAUGUUGGAUCAAACAGUUCAGCCCCCUCUUCUCUUCCUGUGAAUUCUUCCAUCACAGCAGGCGGCAGCUCUCGCACCCGUCCACCCAUCACAACCCACGUCUUGGACAUUGCGCGUGGCUCUCCAGCCUCAGGCAUGGAUGUUCACUUGGAGAUGUGGAAGGGAACUUCACAGCAGCCAUUGUUCUCAAACCGAGAAUCCACUGGCUGGGUAUUGGUAGGCUCAUCAACAACAAACACCGAUGGCCGUAGUGGUCAACUGAUGGGCAUUGUCGAUCAUAUUACUCCUGGCUUUUACCGGAUAAGUUUCGACACCGGCAAAUAUGCACCGUCAGGAUUCUUUCCUUAUGUUAGCAUUGUGUUUCAGGUGCGGGAGAAUCAGACAGGCGAUCACUUUCAUGUUCCAUUGUUGCAUGCUCCCUUUUCCUUCAGUACCUACAGGGGCAGCUAAACAAGCUCGGUAGAACAGUGUCUUAGAACAAGGUCAAGGUGGUUUAAUGAGCAAUCUCUGGUUCAUCAUUGGUUUAGGGUUUUAUUCAUCUUUAAGCACAUUUUAAGUGUGAUGUUCUUGUAAGUGUUAUUGUGCAAUAAGCCUAUCAAUAAUUUCCUCCUGCAAGGAAUCACUGGUUAGUAAAAAUCUAUUGACACACAUUUUAGUUUGAUGGAGGGAGAUAAAAAGGUCUCUAAUUGAUAACAGUUUGAAAGAUUUAAAUGUUAUCAGAAAUGUAGUCUCUUUCAGUUGAUCAAUUUGAUGAUUUCAGACUAAGUGUAUCAUUUA